AUGGGAGCGGCGGACGAAGUGGCUCAGUUGUUCGACUGCACACCAUCAACUUUUCGCCGCAUAUGGCGUCGUGCGUCUGUGAGCCUCUCAGGAAGCAAGACCAUCUGUCGCAACGUCAGCCAGCGCAAGAAGAGCACAUGUGGACGAAAGCGCCUACACAAGGACCUGCCCAAGCGCAUCCAAGCCAUACCGCAGUCACCGCGAUACUGGUUUUGCUCGUUAGCCAAUUCCCUGGGCAUGCCAAAGUCGACCCUUCACGACUACUUCAAGCGAGGCGUCUUUGCAAAGUACUCUAUUGUUCUCAAGCCUGCACUUACGGAGCCCAACAAGGUGUGCCGCCUGAGGUGGGCACUCGACCAUGUUUGUGACCGCGACGGCGCCAAGUUCUUUGACGACAUGUACGACACCCUCCACGUAGACGAAAAGUGGUUCUUCAUAACUCGGCUCCAGAAGAAGGUCUACGGAGCCAUUGGUGAGAAGAUCCAGCAGCGGUCUUGCAAGUCCAAGCAUCACCUUCUCAAGGUCAUGUUCUUGACGGCUGAUGUCCACCCACGAUGGGACGAGACGUGUGGGGAGUGGUUUGACGGCAAGUUGGGGACGUGGCAUUCUACCGAAAUCGUCUCAGCCCAACGCCGGAGCAGUCGGCGUGACGCUGGGACACCGGUCAUGAAGACUUUAUACCUGCAAUCCGCACCAAGUGGCCUCGCGGCGAGACCAAGACAGUCAAGAUCCAACAAGACAAUGCACGGCCCCACGUUCCUCCAAGUGAUGUUGAUGUCGUCUGCAUGCAAGGCGGAUGGUUGGGGCAUGGAAGUGAUGUUUCAAUCGCCUAAUUCACCAGAUCUCAAUGUCCUGGACCUUGGAUUUUUACGCGCCAUUCAGGCCCUCCAGGCCGAAAAACACUCGAGUAGUCUUGAGGAGAUUGUGGCUGCCACCGAUGCUGCCUGGGAUGUGGUAAGUACCAAGACACUCAACAAGAACUUUCUCACCCUGCAGAUAUGCCUCCAAGAGUUGGUGUAG